AUGAUGCUUGUUGCUAAUUCAUGCUUAGCUGAACUUCUUAUAUCAAUUGUUGCAUUUUGGAUGGCAAUAUUUACAUUACACAAUGAUCUUCAACGACGAGAAUACGAAGAUUCACUUUGUAUUUUCCGGGGUUAUAUUGGUUCUAUGACAUGCUGCGCACAGAAUUAUUCUUAUCUUCUACAAGCAAUAUAUCGUUAUUUAAAAGUUAUUUAUCCUACUCAACUAUUUUGGCAAUCAAAACGAGUUCAAAUUUUCCUUAUGAUCCUUAGCUGGAUUGUGUCAUUUAUAUAUGCUUUUCCACUAAUAUUCACUAGUGCAAUCAGCUAUCAAGCUGAUGAUCAAAUAUGUCAAGUCCCAUUACAUUUCUCCAUUGUAACCAUUUAUAAUAUAUUUUUUCUCUACAUAAUACCAGUGAAUAGUAUUAUGUUUAUUUAUUUAAAAUUAGUUCGAUAUGUUAAAAAAAUGAGUCAACAUGUUACAACAGCAAAUAAUUUAAUUCGAGCAGAAAGAGAAUUAAAAAUGGUAUAUCGAAUAGUUAUGCUUGUCAUAACUUUACUAGCAUUUGGUUUUCCUUAUACCAUCUUUAUAUUUAUGGGAUUUUUUACUUCACCACCUAAAUAUCAUUUUCGUAUUGCAUAUAUUUUUAUAGAUGUCUCAUUAGUAUUCAUAAUGAUUAUUAUAUUUCAUAGUGCAGAACCAUUGAAAGCAUCUGUAAAAAAUCGACUAUUCAAAAGACCAACAGCGAUGGUGCAAACAGUGAGAUAA